UUUUGAUGAUUCGCAUGCUCUUUGUAGCUUACUCUGCAGUUGGGAAGGGUGUACCCGAACACGAGUGUAAUUGCAGCAUACGGAUUUAUUAAUAGUCUUGUAGAUCUGUUGGCUUUUUCAGGAUGGGCAAAUGCAAGGGUUGUGGGAAGUUAGGAAGAAUGAGACCAAGUCAUAUGAGUGCUUAUGAAUUUUCUCUGAUGCUGGCUCCUGUUGUUUCUGUUUGGGAUUGCAUAGUUCGCAAAAUGAGGUACUCCUACAGACCUGAGUGGGUGUAGUGGUUGGCAACGUAUCAAUAGUAUUAGUCCUGAUACUUCAACUAAUUAGAACAUAUUUAGCAUUACAAUUAGGGAAAGAGUGGAAAAGUAUUACACAAAAAAAAAAUGUAUACAGCUCUAAAGAAAUUCACUUGAAGGAUCUCUCAAAGACAUCACUUUAGUAUUUACUAUUUAGGUGCAGUAAAUUCUAUGGAUACCAUGGCAUGUAAUAAAGGGCAACAUGUGAGAAAAGCGAAGAAGAAGCAGGUGAAAGACGAAUUGGAUCGUCUGAAACAGGCUGAGAAGAAGAAAAGGCGCUUGGAAAAAGCACUUGCUACUUCUGCAGCCAUUAUUUCUGAACUGGAGAAAAAGAAACAGAAAAAGAAAGAAGAGCAGCAGAGACUCGAUGAAGAGGGUGCUGCUAUUGCUGAGGCUGUUGCUCUGCAUGUUUUACUUGACGAAGACUCGGACGAUUCCUGUAAGGUUGUGAUAGAUAAUGGUGGGUGCAAGACCUGGAACUGCAACCGAAAUCUCGGCAUCUCUGUGGGUGGAGAAAGUGGUUGCUUCCCUCAUCUAGAUGGUGGCAGAUGGUCUUUUGAAAGAGUGGGUUGGGUCUCUGAUGCAUACAGAUAUGGUUGCAAGUGGGGUGGUGGUGAAAAUGGAGAAUGGUCAUUCUCAUCAGACCCUUUUGAGAAAAACGUGAACGAACCACUAUAUGAAGGUGCAGGAUGGGGACCUGCAGGUUUCUCUGCUGAUCUCAUAGCAGCACAAGCAGUUUCAGCUCUGCAGAUUGCUGAGGAGGCAGAUGAAGAUAGGAUUCUGUUUUAAGUUUUAAGGGCAUGCAUGUUGAGGUGAUAGAAAUUAAGAAUCAUAGAAACUAAGAAUAACUGUUUGUGGUGGUGACUGGAUGAAGUCUUUUGCUGCUUUGAUUGAAGAUAUAUAUGCGUGUAUAUAUAUAUAUAUGAUGUUAUAACUAUGAGUCUUGUCCAUGUCAAACACUUUCUGCUUCAGUUGGGAUUGAAAUGUUGCAGCAGUGUGACCAAUGUUUUAUUAUUGAUUAUCUUUUAACUUUAUGUUAAUGUGAGGCUUCUAAUUUCCA